AUGUGGUUUCUAUGUGUGUUUUAUCACAGACUGUUGGACUUCAGGAGACCAGAAGUAGAGGCUCUUGCUGAGCUCUUGUUGAAAACAGAUUCAAAUCAAGAAGGAGGAGGAAGCCACGGUUCCCAAUUCUUGGUGGAGUGGAGGCUCCCUGAGAAUCACCACCCCGACUCUCCCUUCCACUUUGUCUCUCUACCUUCUGAGGAUAUUGCUCGAAAAAUUGCGCAGAGAAGUCUACUUGUUAAGGGAAUCUAUGAACUUUGGGGAGAAGGCAGCUGCUAUGAAGAAUUAGAAAGGGCUAUAAAAGAGUUUCCAGAUGAACGGAAGCUGCAAUACUUGGCUGCAGGGAGCACAUUUAGGAUCACUGUGGACAGCUUUGGCAAGGUUCUCAGCUCGCAAGAUCAAAAUGAACGUAUGGCGAGACUUGUAUAUAUACCUUUCAAGGGUCGAGUUAAUUUACGGAAACCCGAUCACAAGUUCUGGCUGAUGGAAACCGAUGACUAUGGGUCAAACAAUGGCCUCCCACCUGUUGUUCAGAAGAGAAUUUUCUUUGGUCGGGAAGUGGGAGCAGCUGAUAGAAAGCUUUUGCCAACCUAUGAGCUGAAGAGUCGAACCUAUUUGGGACCGACUGCUAUGGAUGCGGAGAUGGCAUUUCUCAUGGCCAAUCAAGCCUUGGCUCGGCCUGGAAAACUCGUGUAUGACCCUUUUGUUGGAACUGGAAGCAUUCUUAUUGCUGCUGCACAUUUUGGAGCGAUGACAAUGGGUGCAGACAUUGACAUUAGGGUAGUUCGUGAUGGUCGUGGACCUGAUUGCAAUGUUUGGAGCAAUUUUAAGCAAUAUGAUUUACCUGCACCCUUAUCUAUUCUAAGGGCAGAUAAUAACCUUCCGCCUUGGCGUUCGGGACUGAAAGAGGUGUUUGAUGCAAUUAUAUGUGACCCCCCAUAUGGGGUUCGAGCUGGAGGCAGGAAAUCAGGUGGACGGAAGCUACUCAAGGGUGCUGUGGCCCCCUACACUGUCCCCGAAGAUAAACGUAGAGACCACAUUCCCUCUACUGCCCCUUAUAGUCUUGCUGAAUGCAUUCACGAUUUGCUCGAUUUGGCAGCUCGAAUGCUUGUUAGGGGGGGGAGGCUUGUCUUUUUUUACCCAGUUGCAAGAGAGGAGGGACCCACCAUGAUUCAAUUCCCAGAACACCCUUGCUUGACUACGAUUGCUACUUCUGAGCAAAUCCUUAGCCUAAGAUAUAGUCGCUAUUUGCUAACCAUGAUUAAGACUGCUCAUUAUACUGAAGAAUUGGAAGAGCUGGCUAGAGAGAAGCACUGGGAGUUUAAGGAGAACCAUGCCAAGUGGUUGGAGGAUGGUGGACUGCAUUCUGCUGUUUUUAACCCUUUGGGUUUGAUGGAAAAUUUGAAAGUGGAGAGAGAUUCGAAGCCAAAGUAUAGAGGGAAGUAUGUUUAAGGGAAGGAGCCUCAUGGUUUUUAGACUGUUUGAUGCUGAUCACUUCUAAUUUUCUUGGUUAAGUGAUUGUUGUUUUGUUUAGAAGGUUAUUCUGAUCAUUUACAAGGGGUUGUUUAGCCGGUUUUGCUUAGCCAGGUUUGCAAAGAUCGGGGGGAGACGCAGUGAAGUUGAGGAUGUUAUUGUUACUUACGAGGGGUGGUUACGUCAUUUGACUGAAAAGUUUAACGAGUUCCAAAAGAUGAUAUUGUUUUUUAUUAUAGAAGAAUAUUUC